AUGUCUCAAAAGCAAACUCCAAGGGAUUUUCUUAAACUAAUCAUCGGCCGCCCUGUUUCGGUGAAGCUGAACUCUGGCGCAGAUUAUCGUGGUGUUCUUAUUUCACUUGACGGCUACAUGAAUGUAGUUCUUGAACAAACUGAAGAAUACGUCGAUGGCCAGCUUAAGAAUAAAUAUGGUGACGCAUUCAUCCGUGGAAAUAAUGUUUUCUACAUUAGUGCACAAAAACGCGGGGGAUUGAAGUAA